CAGGCACCACGACGCCACCCGGCCAUCCUUUAGGUUCAAAACAACCUUUCUUACGCAGAGUCGGUGCAUCGGGUUGCUUUCUAUGUGUACCGAUCUACUAAUAUGUAUUCUGUAAACAGAUAAUGAUUAUUUGCCUAUUAAGUCGUAUUAUAAGGAGAUUGAUGUCCAUGUCAUUGCAUCAAUACUGUACUGUCAAUCAAGCGCAUAGUGAUCGGUACCCCGAGGGCGCAAGGCGAGCACCGAACAGCGAGAACUACCGAGGCCCGGGGAUAACUAUAUACUGUCUUAUACUGCUGGGAUGUACUAAAUAAGUUGUCUUCUUGAAAAUCGAUUUUUUUGUUAAAAAGAUUAUGUUUGACAAAUGGGGGUGUGACAAUUGGCACCUUUUGUGGGUACAGGAAGAUUAGAUCUAAAUGAGGUGACACGGGUGAUCUGUGAGGGACAUUUGCCUGUUAUUGACCAGGAAGCUGAUAUACGUGGAUUCUUACCGAAGAUACUCUCAAAAGAAGGCAGCCGUUCAUUAUAGAGAGAGAAGUAUCGCCGUAAUUUAGUUCCAAAAGAAGAAAUUCGGCAGUUUUACUGAAGUGAAAUGAUAUGAAAUGUCUAAGUGAUUCCAUGUGUUCGAAUUUUUUACUCUAUAUCAGUGUCACAGAAUGCGGAUCUAAUUUGACAGCAUCAAAAUUACCUAAAAACUAUUCACCACCAAAGAAGAAAGUUGAACAUCUGAGUUGGAGAAAUAUGAUAUAAAUCAAGUGUUGUGAAUUAGAUCGUUAAAAUGUGGCUGUAUCUUGCUACAUUGAUUUUCUUACUUACUACCUGUCAUGGACGUGAAAUUAUAUAUAGUAUUGACGAGGAAGUUCCGAAUGGGACAUAUAUCGGAAACGUUGCAAUGGAUUCUAACCUGAUGUCCGAAAUGACUCCAAGUGAUUUCCGAACACUUCGGUACAGUCUUCUGUCUGGGGACAGUUACGUAUCAUUGUUCACCAUUAAUCAAACUUCAGGUAAUCUGUAUACCUCUCAGGUGGUCGACCGUGAACUAGUGUGUCGUUUUUCCACUGUUUGUAAAAUAUCAUUUGAAGCCGCUGCACAAUCGAGCAUAAGAAGCUAUUUUACCAAAAUACUGCUAAUAAUUUACAUACAAGACAUUAACGACCACUCUCCUGUGUUUCCACGGAGUUCUAUGAGCCUGGACAUUCCCGAGUCUACCCUCAUAGGAAACUCUUUUACUAUCGAUGGUGCCAAAGAUGCAGACACGAGCCCCAAUUACACCCUUAACACCUAUACCUUAGAGCAAGCGAACUCACCUUUUUCUGUCAGUUUUGUUAAAAAUUUAGACGGUACAUCUGUGGUGAAGUUAGUGGUAGAUAAAGAGCUCGAUAGGGAAGUUCAGGACUCCUAUAACCUCGUUGUCAUUGCCUCUGAUGGCGGGAAUCCCCCAAGGUCAGAGAAGAUGCUCGUGAAUGUCAGGAUAACGGACGUCAAUGACAACGCUCCGAUGCUUAGCAGUACUAUCUACAAUGUGUCCGUAAGGGAAGAUGUUGCAGUAGGAACUGUCAUUCUUACCCUCUCUGCAACUGACCUUGACACUGGAAAAAAUGCCGAAAUAAGAUACCGCCUGAGUUCACACCAGUCCGAAAAUAUUAAACAACUUUUUGCAAUAAAUGAAUCUACUGGUGAUUUGAGUGUUGCAAAGACUCUGCCUUAUAAUGACGGUAAUCCUUAUCGAAUAAUAGUUGAAGCUAGCGAUUUGGGUGACCAGCCUCUGACGACCCAAACCUCGGUCAAGGUCACAGUCAUAGACUCCAGAAAUAACCCUCCCGAGAUUCACGUGACACUCCUCCCAUCCUCCGAUGUUGCACUCAUUUCUGAGGACACUUCUGUUGGGGCUGUUAUAGCGCACGUGGUCGUCAUUGAUAGCGACUCUGGAAUGAAUGGUCAUGUCAUCUGCACGACAGACAAUUCAUAUUUCAAUAUACAGAGGCUUGAAGUGAACGAAUACAAAGUAACUGUUGCACAGCCUCUUGAUAGAGAAACCUCGCCCAGUCAUACAAUAACAAUUAUCUGCACCGAUUCUGGAUCACCCCCAUUAUCCUCUAACCACACAUUCAAAGCCAACAUCCAGGACUCUAAUGACAAUGCUCCAAUGUUCACUUCAAACAUAUAUCAAGGAAGUAUUCCAGAAAAUAAUCGCAAAGGUGCCCAAGUCAUUCAAGUGCAGGCGACUGACGCAGACGACGGAAUAAACGCGGAAGUGGAAUAUGAACUAGUCCUUAGCAACGAAACUCAGCAUUUUCUUCUAGCAAUAGACCCUGUCUCGGGAAGAGUGACCACGGGGAUUUCUUUUGAUCGAGAAAAAGUAUCUUCUUUCAUAUUCAGAGUCAAGGCAUUUGACAAAGGUCCUGAACCCAAGUCAUCAACAGCUACUGUAAUGGUCAAGGUCAACGAUGAAAAUGAUGUUCCUCCAACCUUUAUGGAAAACUUGUUCUUAUUCAAAGUUUCCGAAAGAAAACCACCAGGAACGGCAGUGGGGAGAGUUAUGGCUAUGGAUCUUGACGAAGGAGUAAAUGGCGAAUUCGAAUUUUAUUCAGAAAGUGGAACGCAGCCCUUCAACGUCACCAAAGAUGGAGUUAUUUUGACGACUGGACCUAUAGAUCGAGAGUCUCAAGAAUUAUAUGACUUUGCGGUUUACGUUGUUGACAAUGGUCAACCUCCAAAGAGUAGUUCAGCUCGAGUGAAAAUUACGAUUGCUGAUGAGAAUGAUAAUAGUCCAAAGUUUAUCUUCCCAACAAGUACCAAUAAUACAGUUCUUGUGCCCCGAAACACUAAACCCGGAACAAUAAUCGCACGUAUACGGGCAAAUGACCCAGAUAAGGAACAGAAUGGGGAGAUCACGUAUGGCAUCGAAGGAACCAAUUUCUCAGAAGUCUUUUAUGCCAAUAUCCAUACGGGUGACAUUAUUGCUAAGAAAGGACUAGAGGAAUAUUCUGGUCAGAUUUUUAAUCUUAUGGCUGUUGCUACAGACCGUGGGCUAGUGUUUCAAACAAGUCGAGCCGAGUUCCUUGUCAAAGUUGCUGGUUCUGAAUACCUGGAUUCGAACAGUCAGACCAAUAUUACCAUAGUGAUUGUACUAGUCACAGUAACCUUGGCCUUGUCUGGCUUCAUUAUCUUGGCAAUUUGUAUUAUUCGUUGGUUAGAUAAUAAUCGUAAGAAUCAGAAGGACAUAAUCAAAGUUGAUAAACCAUUUUCUCCUUCAAGUGUUUCUCGAGAUGACGAAAAUAAACUAUCGAUUAUCAAUCCAUAUAUCGAUGGUGCGGUUGAUGGAGAUAAGAAGAUAUUGAAUAUUUCUCGAUACCCUGGUUCAGUGGAUAUCGAUAGACGACAGAAAAACCAAGUAGUGACCUUUGCCCCGGAUAUCAAGGACGACGGGACAAGUCUGAGUGUCCCUAACCCAGUCUACGGGGAGACCCUCCCGACCUUCCCCAGACCCCAGGCGGAGGACAACCAGAGUAACUGUUCCAUGAACUCCACCAAUAGUGACAGUGGGCGGGGCUUAAGUGAUGACGAAACACGUGACGGAGUAGGAAGAGGGAUGCUGUACCACAGUAGGAAAGGAAAAUUUAGAAGCAGUAUACCUUCUCCAAUCAAUGUGCUUCAUCAAGAGAGGUCGACUAAAUUUUUCCCGGAUAGGACGUCGCCGCUGUCACCUAUAAACCACCCUGUCCGGUCGGGAAGUUCGUAUGGGUGUAGUAGUUUUAAAUAUCAAAAUCGAGGAAACACGAACUUUGGCGUUCACUCGACGUUUUCUUUCAAUGAAAAACUUCCUCUACAAGAACAAGACAGUGACGGGACUUCCGGUAUUCACACAAUGGAGGAAAUUCCUUCCCCUCAUUUCUCUGGGAACGUCGUAUAAGACGUUUCCAAACUAUAAGCAUGUCUGUGAUAUUUCUAUAUUUGACUGAAUUGUUAACUGUGAACUUAGAUAGUGCAUCUUAUUGUUCAGCCACUGAGUAGUUCAUGUACAGUGAUGCUCCUGUCUUAGCUGAAAAGGCCAAAGAUAUUCCUCCGGAAAAAACUGUGAAAUAUUAUUUUGUGUUCAUUAGGAUCGUGAUGUCACAUGGCUGUGAGACUAAUUUGCAUACGGCUUACCGGAAGGGAAUCGGUAUCCAGAUUCCGACCUCGAUUCCUUAUUAGCAGCUUUCGGAAUUUGCCAAUUAGACCCCCGGGCUGUCAUUACCAAUAGAAAGGCAGAUUUUAUGGUGUCUCUGGUCGCCGCUUCAUCACGUUAAUAAUCGUCUGCCUCCGAAGACUCUCAGGAAUCCGCCAAAGUGUCAAUUCUAGUUCAUUGUGUAGUUCUGCGAUCAAGGUUCAAUAGUUUUGAACUUAACGCAAAUCAGGUCUAAUUUAUGUCACUGUUAUGGUCAUGAAUCAUUAUAAUCUUGUCGCAUAGUCUGUGAUACUAAUAAAAGGAUUAAAUAUUGUAA